AGUAAGUAUACGUACUUACAUUUGACGUUAAUAGAAUGUCGAAGUAACGGAUUGUUACGAAGUGCGUGUAUGCUUAUGAUAUUUGUUAACAUUGCCUUUAUCAGUAACAUCGUGAAGUUUAUGCAAUUUUUGCAAACAGUUGCUAAAGAGUAUUAACCUCUUGUCUCAUUUAGGAUAAAGUUUUGUGAGAUUGGUGUGAUUUUUUAAGAAUUGAAUUUGCCAAUAAAUUAAAUUAUUGGUAUAAAAUAUGGUAGAAUUAUCCGUACUUAAUCUGGAAAAAUGGGUCCAUUCGUUUGUUCAAAAUUUAUCCUUUCACGUCUCACCGAUUUGUAAUAAAAAGAUGGAUAAGAUAAAUUUUACAUGCUACGUAGAUGCUGAUUAUCAUAUGAAUUUCGAGUUAAUUGCCGAAAGAUAUUACAAACUAUUGAAAGAUAUUGCGAAGAAAAAUGCUUUGGAUGUCACUGAUACACAAAGUGUAUGUUGUUUUAUUGAGAAACAAACAAUGUUUCUCGACAAGUAUGUUUAUUCGGAAAAUACCCUCCUGUUAAUGUAUCAUCAUAAUCACAUUAAUAAAAAGAUAGUGCAAAGUAUUAGAGAGAUAAAGAUAAAUAAAAAUGCAAGAGAACGUAAAGCUAUAGUUUUCAAAAUCGAAUCUUCCAAGUUGAAACGAGAAACUGUUGAUGAUUAUAGUCACAUGUGUAACACAAAAUCUACAAGGACAGUGAUAUCAGAUCAGAAAUCUGAAGAUCCACUAUUGACAAAAUCAAGAAAUAUUUGUUCGAAAAAGCUUGACGUAGCAAAGAGUAUUACUGCGUAUAUAAGGCAAAAGACAGUAGUGAAUGAAAGAUAUUUACAAUUGUACAUUAAUGAUGUAGAAUUCAUGAAAAAUGUGCAUAUCACAUUAUAUAUAGCUAGCAAGGUGAUAAAAACUGUAAUUAAUAAUAUAUGGUUAUUGCUUUUCCCUCAUCCUAAAACAGCAUUUUCUUUACUAUCAAACAUAAAUUAUAAUACAUUAGAUGAAGUACAAUAUCAUUCAAAUAUUCCUCAUUUUAAGCGAAAUAAGAAAAGAUUAGACUAUCAACAUACGUUAAUGCUGUGCGAACAUGCUAUUUUGUGUUUGAUUGAACCAAGUGAAAAGGCUUCUGUAUAUAUAGAAAAUAAUCUAUCAGGUGUUAUACAAAAUUAUUUGUUGCAAGAAUACGUAUAUCAUUUUGAUGUCACAAGCAAUACCAAAAAUUAUUCUGCUCUAUUGAUUCUAAGUGAAUGGGCCAAGUCGCUUGUUAAGCAUCCAAAUACAAUAAUGUUGCGCACCAUUUCUGCUAUAUUAAGAUGCAAUAUACGUGAUAUCUUAGUACUGUCCCAUUGUUCAAAUGACAGUUGCAUAUAAAAAUAUAUAUUAUGAAUAUAUUUAAUUAUAUUGUAAUUUAUAUCUAAUUUUAUCUUUGUUUAUAAUAAUUAGAUUUACAAUUAUAUCUUUUGUAUCCUCUUUGUAAACACCGCAUAUACAAAUAAAUUUUUCUGUUACUAAUCA